GGCGGCAUGGCGAACACGGCCUCGGAGAUCAUCGCCUUCAUGGUCUCCAUCUCUGGCUGGGUACUGGUGUCCUCCACUCUGCCCACUGACUACUGGAAAGUGUCCACUAUCGACGGCACGGUCAUCACCACCGCCACCUAUUGGGCCAACCUAUGGAAGACGUGCGUUACCGACUCCACUGGCGUCUCCAACUGCAAGGACUUCCCUUCCAUGCUGGCGCUGGACGGUUAUAUCCAGGCAUGUAGAGGACUUAUGAUUGCUGCUGUCAGCCUGGGCUUUUUUGGUUCCAUAUUUGCACUGUUUGGAAUGAAGUGUACCAAAGUCGGAGGCUCAGAUAAAGCCAAAGCUAAAAUUGCCUGUUUGGCUGGAAUUGUAUUCAUCCUGUCAGGUCUGUGCUCAAUGACUGGCUGCUCCCUGUAUGCAAAUAAAAUCACAACGGAAUUCUUUGACCCUCUCUAUGUUGAGCAAAAGUAUGAAUUAGGAGCGGCUCUGUUCAUUGGAUGGGCAGGAGCAUCACUCUGCAUCAUUGGGGGUGUCAUAUUUUGCUUCUCAAUAUCUGACAACAACAAAACACCCAGAAUGGGAUAUGCAUACAAUGGGGCCACGUCAGUCAUGUCUUCUCGGACAAAGUAUCAUGGUGGGGAAGGAGAUUUUAAAACCGCAAACCCUUCAAAACAGUUUGAUAAAAAUGCUUAUGUCUAA